GUGUUAUAAACAUUACUCGUUGACAGCUGUUGAUGUUGAUUUUCCAGGAAUUUGUAUUUUUUUCUGUUUAUUUUAAGGGAUAAAUCUUCUAUUCAUAUGUUGUCUACGAAAAUAUACAACUUUCUAGUUACAUAGCAGAUUAUAUCGUCUAUAUUUAGUCGAAGGCCUUCUUUCAGUAGAGUCAUUCAUGAAAUGAAAUAAUAACUUGAGAAGUCACUGUUCUUCAUAUACGAUAAAUGAUGACCGCUUUGGAGAUUUCACAAAAUCUAACUUUAGCUCGAGAAAAUACUAUGAUUGGAAAUUAUCAAAAUGCAGAAGUUCUUUACAUUGGCACACUAGAAAUGCUGAAUAGGUUUAUGAAAACUAUUAGUGAACCGUCACGCAGGAAUCACUGGGAAGAGGCACAGAAAAAAAUAUCAUUAGAAUAUGAAAAAGUCAAACAGUUGAGUCAAACCUUACAAUUCUUCAGAGUAAAAACAAAAGGAGACAUACCCAUAGGUACGAGGAGAUUCUAUAGGGAUGAGCAACCAGUAAGAGAUACCGGGGAUUUGAACCUAAAUGAUGAUGAUCCAGACGUUUGGGCUCCUCCUACACCUGUCGAACAUAAUAAUUUCAGGGGUAACGGACCCAAUAAGUCGAGAAUUUCAAAUGUGAAGAAAGUAGAUACAAAAAGAAAAGAUUCAAGAGUAGUUUCAUCAACUACUGGAAGAAGAUCUGAUGCAAAAUUGAAAUCAACCAAAAAGGAAGAACGUCCAUCUUCUUCCAAAUCUGAUAGAGAUCAAGAACCAGUUGAGAAAAAAGAAGAAACAGAAGAGAAAAAAUUUGAAUGCCAUGGUAUGGAUAGAGAACUUGCAGACACAUUGGAAAGAGAUAUAGUACAAAAGAACCCUAACAUUAAAUGGGACGAUAUAGCAGAUUUGCAUGAAGCUAAAAGAUUGUUGGAAGAAGCUGUUGUAUUGCCUAUGUUGAUGCCAGAAUUUUUCACAGGAAUUCGUCGACCAUGGAAAGGAGUUCUUAUGGUGGGACCUCCUGGAACAGGAAAAACUAUGCUAGCUAAGGCUGUGGCCACUGAGUGUAGCACCACAUUUUUUAAUGUAUCUUCAUCGACGCUAACAUCUAAAUAUCGCGGUGAAUCAGAAAAAAUGGUCAGACUGCUGUUUGAAAUGGCAAGAUUCUAUGCACCAAGCACCAUUUUUAUUGAUGAAAUCGAUUCUUUAUGUUCGCGUAGAGGAUCGGAAUCUGAACAUGAAGCAUCAAGAAGAGUCAAGUCCGAACUUUUAGUCCAAAUGGAUGGUAUCACGGCAAAUAAUGAAGAGCCAGGUAAAGUUGUUAUGGUUCUAGCUGCAACCAACUUCCCUUGGGAUAUUGAUGAAGCUCUGAGACGAAGAUUAGAGAAACGGAUUUACAUACCUCUGCCUAGUUUAGAAGGGAGAGAAGCCCUACUGAGAAUAAAUUUGAGGGAAGUCAAAUUGGAUCCAGAGGUCAACCUGGCAGAUAUUGCGGAGAAGUUAGAUGGAUUCUCUGGGGCUGACAUAACCAAUGUUUGCAGAGAUGCUUCAAUGAUGUCUAUGCGUAGAAAAAUAUUUGGUUUGCGACCAGAUCAAAUUAAACAACUUCCUAAAGAAGAACUGGAUUUACCUGUUACAACAAGAGAUUUUCAGGAAGCAUUGAUGAAAAACAACAAGAGUGUUUCUAGUGAAGAUCUGGUCAAAUAUGAGAAAUGGAUGAAUGAGUUUGGUUCCUCUUGAUUUUAACCUUCUUAAUGUUUUAUUACUAUUUUGUGCAUAUCUCUAGUAGUUUCAUUCCCUUAUAUGUAUCUCAAGAACUUAACGCCAGUGAAAGUUUACUCACUUAUUCUAAUUUUUUUACAAUUUAUUGAUGUAAACCAAAAGAAAUUUUAACUUAGGUAUUAUCGAAUUUUAUAUAUUAUGGAUUUUAUCAUAACUAUUAUAGUAAACAGAUUGAACUAGUUUUCAAUUCGAUCACUUCAAAUUGAGAAAAAAUUGUUUUGAGUUGAUCAAAAUUGUAUUGUUGUCGUUUAUACAUAAUAUGAUUGUUUCCAAUGUUCCCUAUAAUAUUAAUGUUAUUCAGUUUUUGAGCUCAAACGAAGUUGACACGUACCGAGUCUAUUUUUAAAUUUAUAAACUGUUGAAAAAAUUAAAUUAAUAC